GAAUGCUUCUUUGCGUGCUGGCAGAGGCGGCAUCGAACCUACAAAUGAUCCAGGACGGCCAGCGACAUAAACCAGCCACAGCCAUCCAUCGGCCUCCUCCAUUGCAAGCUUAAUUUCAGAGUUGAGGGAAACUGCAGGGUAAACCAUGAGAGAGCCAGGACGGCCAGAAGAGAUGAUCAAUCGCUACGUGAGGCUUCUGACGGCCACAGAGAACAUCACACGCGGUCUGGGGACCCUGGCCUUGUUGUGGUCCACCGUCGUGCUCCUCGGCGGCUUCGUCAGCACCCUGCGGAUAAAGGAGUUCUGGGUUCUCACUGGACUGAGCAUCCUGAUGGCAUGCAGGACGGUGGACAAUUUUAAGGAGUUUCAAAGUGGGAUCUAUAUGGAAGAGGCCAAAAUCAUUCGUUUAAUCGCGCGUAUGGGAUGGUUCCGCUCCAACGCGAGCGUGGCCUUUCAUCAUACAAUCGUGCUGGGUAUAGCGUUCUUGCCCAAGUGUAUUGUGGUCCUGUGUCUUUCAACAUUGGCCCUAAAUGUUAUGCCAUAUGUGGGCCUGGGGAUCUCCGUUUGGCGUCUUGUACGACGAGAUUAUGGCGAUGCGGGCGGAGAUGCUGCCAACAGAGCAAAACUGGCCGCCGCACUGGACAUCUUCUAUGCUCUAGUUCUGCUCCAGACCUUAGUCGUCAUAUACUGGGCUAAUCUUAGGGUAAUGUUGAAGUACUCAGUUUUGCACGUGCUACGAGUGACGAAACAACAAUGCCCACAAGUAGUUGUGAUGUACUGUUCAGAAACAACAAGGAAGUUUAAGAAGGACAGGGAGCUGCCCGACAAUUGGAACUUGAUGACAUACGCUAUUGGGUUGCUCCAGUCUGCAUCAGGGGAUGAUGACCACCUAUGGGGAGCAAGGAUUCUAGACAAGCUCUUUGAUACCAAGGAUAUUAUAUCUGUAAGACAGGAGAUACUAUCUUCCAGGAGCUCUAUUCAGAAUUUGAUCGGCAUGAUUGGUCGGAGCGGCACAGCUGGUAACAUCGAGAACAGAGAGUGCGCCGCAAGGAUUCUAGCACAUCUUGCCGGUGAUCUCCACGUAGCACACUUCCCAGGUACACUACAAUGCAUUUGUUCCCUACUUGAAAGCUGUAACCAAUUCUGUGAGGCCUGUCCGUUGCUGGAGAAAAAUCCUGAUGAACAGAGUAGGUCAUUAGAAACAUUCCAGCGUCAAGAUGUUGCCCAUAUGGCAGUGCCGAUCCAAGACCAAACAGACCAUGAACAAGAACAAGUCGUUAGUCCAUCAUCUGACGGGUUAGCCCAGUUAGCCCAGAGAAUACAACCAACCGAGUUACCCAAGAGAAAAGACGCAUUUUUAAUUGUUACUCAACAAAUUAGGAAAGCUAUAAAGGAGUCGAGAUUUACUUAUACCUUUAGAGGACCCAAAGAAUUGGUUUCUCAAGGCCUGCUGAUUCUUGAGGGGCUCACACGAGACAAAGUAAACUGUACAGAGAUAAGCAAACAGCAAGUGCUGAUCUCUAAGAUCACAUCACCUCUGAGCAGCCCUGACUUUCUCAUCAUUGUGCGGGAGGACACAAUGGUUGUUCCAAUGCUAAGCAAGUCACUCACAGCAUUAAGCAGGAUACUUGCCUGCCCUGGGGAUGGCGCCACAAGGCUGCGCCAGGAACUUGCCAGUACCACAGAAGCUGUCAGCAAUCUGAUGGCUAUUUUGGAGACUGACAGCGGAGCUGCCCAAGAACUGCAUGGACAAGCCCUGGAGAUCCUGACGGAGCUAGCCUUUGAUGAUUCUUUCAAAAAGCUGGAGUUUAACAAGCUUCUCAAGGCCCUGCUAUGCAUCUUCCUUGAGGAAGCGCCCAGCAAUAAUACUGUAGUUCAAGUGGAACAAGCAGACAGGGAAAAUGCCACCAGACUGAUGAGGGGAAAAGCAGGGGAAGCACUGGCCAGGUUGAUUCCCGUUAGCACUGCAAGAGAAAGAGAUGUUUAUGUUGCUGAUAUAAUUUCCAAGCAAGAGGCGAUCAACCUAUUGACCAAGGUGAUCGAUCAAAUAUUAUCUAGUAAAAUGGGUGCAGAUGCAGCUGAAAAUUUUGUGGAAAACCAGCCCCCAGAAGAUAGAAAGUUUAUGGCAGCCAUGUUAUCCCUCGCCGUGGUGAUAUGCAAAGAAAAUGUGAUCAGUAGAGAAGAUUUUGCUCGAUCCACCCCUGAAGAUGCAGCACUUGCGAAGAAGCUCAAAGACAUACUGAAAGUAAACAAGCAAUGCAUGGCUGAGUCUGAGUGUUUGAGAGUAGUGAAACUUACCUGCCAGAUGGUGAUAGCUAUGACUCAAGCCAAGCCCAGCUGCAUCCGAUAUUUCAAGGAACAUAAUUUCAAGGAAGCACUGACCGAGACUUUGGGAACCAUGUCAGAGGUUGAUAACUGCAUGCUCUUUGCUGGGAAUGAUCGUGAGGUGAUCAAGCCAGCGAGGUCUCUCGCUUCUCUAGUGAAAGAAGCACAAGAACUCCUAAAGACAGCACAAGAACAGGGUAAUUGAUAUCUCUGUCUGACAAAGGGGACAUCGUUAAGUAUAUUAUCUUGUUUUUAUCAAAGUAUAUUAUCUUGUUUUUAUCAAAGAUUUAUCUUGGAUCGUCUUCUGGGCUAUUUGUUUGACAAAAUAAAAAAUCUGUAUUCUUAUUCUUAUUCCAGAACUGGGAUCUACAAUUCUUCUUGACAAUGUAGUUGCGUGCUAUCUAAGUUUUGUAUCUGUAACCCCAUUUUUUCUGUUAAUAUCACGGUUUGUGUGAUGCUCCCA